AUGUGUGUGAUACUUGGUAGUCCUUCUUGCAAAGUUCGUAUUUUAUUUUAUGAUGUAUUAAUUUAUUAUUCUUUGUUUCAGAUUCCUUCUGGGAUUUUCUCCCUAUGCAAAGUACUGAGGAAAGAGGCCUUAAUUUUGUUUGGAAACCAUUUUUCUUCAUUGAAAGGUGGCGGCAGCCUUAGUGAACUUAGUUCUCUACGGGUUCUUGAUCUCCAUGAUAAUGAAUUCUCCAGCUUACCAGAAGAGAUAGGGGAGUUACAAAACUUACAGGUUUUAAAUCUUGCCAGUAAUAAACUGAAAGAACUCCCCUCCAGCAUUGGGAAGCUUAAAGUAUUGCAGACACUCAAUGUGAGAGACAACAAAUUAAAAGUCCUCCCAGAAACCCUUUGUCAGUUGUCACGGUUACGUACACUAGAUGUCUCUGGCAACCACAUCACUGCAUUACCCAAGAAGCUCUGCAAUAUUCGUACACUUGAUACUCUGAUAGUAACAGCCUCUGACAUGAAAAUGCCUCCAGCAGACAUAUGCAACCAAGGCACAGAGACCAUUAUGAAGUAUUUAUGCAGUGAAUGUGGUAUAGAAUAUAUACCACCCUCCAAGGUAUUGCUUGACCAACUGGACUCUCCACUGGACAUGGAGACAAAGUGGAGAAAACAGUCCCUCAGAGCUAUGGAGGAAGAAAACUUAAAGGAUACCUUGCAACAUUACCAAAGCCUAAAGGAUAAGAAAAGAGAACAGGCCACAGCCCUAGAGAGGGCGCUGCGUGAGGAACAGGAACAACAAGCCCAAUUAGCAGUCUUGGCAGCAUCAAAGAGAGAUGACCUCAUUAGACUAUUGGCAGAGGAUGAGAACAAGAGGCAGGGGGAAUUUACAAAGUUGACUCAACAGAAAGAAGAAGAAAGACAGAAACUGGUGGCUACAUUAUAUCAAGUGGAGCAAGGGGCCAGUGAGCUGAUCAAUAAUAUAUUGGAAAUGAAUGAAAAAGCCCGCAGAACAGAGGAGAUAUUAGAACAGAUGGAGAAGGAAAGGAUGGAGUUGGAGCAAUGGCUGGUGGUCCACCAGGAGGAAGAAGAGAACUUAAGAAAACAAGAAGUCCUUGUCAAUAUGGAAAGGAUGCUGCAAGAAAAUGAAAACUUUGAAAAUAUGCGGCAGAUGUACUUGGCUCAGCGCCAGGAGGUAGCACAGAGAGCUCAGCAGAGUGUCGUGGAUGCUGACAGUAAUAUCGAAAAUCUUCUUGUAAACAAAGACAUGAGCAAAAAGGAAUUCUUGGAACAGCUUAUCAGAGAGGUAAUUAUAAGGUUUAAAUAUAAAUUGUUGUUGAGAUGA